AUGAUCGACCUGGCAACGUCUGGCGGCUCAAACAAUCCAACACCAUCUCCUUCACCAUCACCACCCCCACCCGAUGAGGUGGCCUAUGUCCACAGCAACAUCAACGGCAACAGCUUCUCGAUGAGGUCGCGCUCACCAUCCCCAUCGAUCACACCUCGAGUGGGUGCCAACUCCAUUCACCUGCCGCCACUGAUACUGGAUAAUCAUAGCAAUCAAUCACUUCGCGAGGAGGUUGUCAAGGUAGUGUGCCGCUUCCGUCCUCUGUGCGAAGAGGAGUUGCAGUUGGAGGCAAUGUCUGAGCGAAGGAUCACAAUCAACGAAGAUGGCAAGACAGUGUGCAUUAAUAAUGGCGGCAUGUUCCAGGGCUUCAAGUUUAGUCACGUGUUGCAACCGACCGUCACUCAAGAGUACGUCUAUCAGCUGGUGGCCGCGCCACUUCUCGACGAUGUGCUCAAUGGCUACAACGCGGCCAUCAUUGCCUAUGGCCCACAUUGGUCGGGCAAGACCUACACUAUGCAGGGAUACACAGCAGACGACAUAAUGGGACCAAGUUCUUCGAAAAUGACGACGGAGGAAGCUCAGCGCGACGACCUGUGGGGCCUCAUCCCACGCGUUAUGCGUGCACUCCUCGCGCGCAGCGUGGACAUAGACGACCAUAGACACGUGCACCGCAUUGGAGUGUCCUAUGUCGAGGUGAGCCAGGAGCGUGUACGCGACCUGCUCUCUGAGGAGAGAAAGGCCGACCUGGACCUGCGCCUCGUCGACCAGGGCUUCACAGUGCCUGACGCGAUACAGGUGAAUGUGACGCGCAUGGAACAGGUACUGGAGCUGCACAAGCUGGCUAAUGAGCGAUCAUUGGACACAAAGGGCCACGUUCUAUUCCUCGUGACGAUCACACGCGAGGACCUCGACACGGGCAGUCUCACCACGUCAUUGUUCUACAUGGUGGAUCUGAGCGGCAGCGAGGCCAAGUCCAUCUCUGACGAGGCCAAGUCCAUCAAUCAAUCACUGUACGCGCUGGGCGGCGUCAUUGAGGACAUCUCCAAGCGCGCCAAACAUGUGCGAUAUCGCGACAGUAAGCUCACACAGCUGCUACAGAACUGUUUGGGCGGCAACUCCAAGACUUGUCUCAUUGUCAACUGCUCUAGCUCCAACCACGAGAGCGUGGUGCGUGACACGGUGGCCUCGCUUCACUUUGGCGAGCGCACUCAAUCCGUGCGUAACCAACCGCUCAUCAACAGCGAGAUGACCUCGCAGCACAUGAAGAUCGUGAUCCACUCACUCAAGAGCGAGAUCUCUGGCCUCAAGCAGGUGAUCGACACGGCAGGUGGCGGCGGGCUCACCUCCAGCCAGAUUUCAUCGCACAUUCUCCGCUUACAAAUGCAGAUUGAGGAGUGUCGACGCAACGAGGGCAAGCUGCAAGAGGUGGUCACGGCGCUGGAAGAGGAGGCACGCGAGCGCGAGAAGACGGCCAUGUCAAUGCGCGAAAUGUUCCAGAGCAAGGAGAGGGAUCUGGCACGCCUGGAGGCAGAGCGCGGCAGGCUGCAGCAGCAACACAGCGAAGCGAUGGCCAUGUUGGCCACGCGAAACAAUCGAAUUAGCGAGUUGGAAAAGGCAGUGCACGCCGUGGACGAAUGGAAGAUACGCUACAGCGCGGUGCAGGAGCUGCUAACCAACAACGAGCAGUACGUCAAGACGUUGGAGAACCAAAAGUCCAAGUGGAAGAACAAGUGCGACGACCUGCAGACUCAGAUUUCGCGACUAAAGGACAACUCCCACAACGAUUCGGCGCUGAGCGAGUUGGCCGAGCAGUGGCGCGAGCGAUGCGAGACUCUGGAGCUCAAGCUUCAGCACUACAAGGAGGUCGAGAACAACCUGCAGAGCGAGCUGUGUAAGCUGCGCGAUCAGCUCAAGCACCAGACCGACAUGCUGGGCAGUCUGUCGUCGCACAUGGACGAGCUGCGCCAGCGCAUGGAGAUUGAAUUCCCCGCCAUCACCAACAUUGUAAAUAGCCAGACCAGUACUCUGGAGUCGCUCUCGACGUCGUUUGCCUCGUCGUCGUCGGCGUCGUCGCCGCCACUGCAGGCGCAACAACUACCACCACCAUCACACGAACCACAGAACCAUCUGCUACUUCAAACAAUGCGACGCAUGGAGGAUAUCUUUGAGAAGAUCUCUGAGCAACAACAGGAGCAAAGUAGCAGUAUUCAAUCAUUCAUUCAAACAUUCGAUCAGACCACCUUCACUGGCAAGCUUCUCAAGGAAUUGGACGCCGACCAACAGGUUCAAUUCCAUCAACUAAUGUCUGGCGCUGGUGGCAGUGAUAGUGGAACAAGCAGUAGUAGCAAUAGUGGCAUUGGUGGCAACAAUCCAUUAAGUAGAUCACAUUCCAUUCCAUCACUUUCAGCAUCCACGGAAUCACUCUUUGGACCUGUUUCCAAACCGGACACUCACUCAACUAUAUAUCUACUUUGUAAAAAUUUCAUAACAUUGAUGUUUGUGUUGCUCCUUGUGUUUAUAAUGAUGGUUUGUGUUGGUAAGACGAUACAGAAUGACCAUCAUGCACUGAGGCUCAACUCAUUAAGUUAA